UUCCUUCUCUGGGGAUCCGGCUUUGCUGGCAGGAGAGCUGGAGGACUGAGGCUAGAGGUGGACCAGGGAAUGCCUGGAAGGGUAAAGAGCUGUGGAGCAGGAGAGAGGAGAGAAUAUCCACCAGGCCCUGCAAGAGGAGAUCUCUCUGGGUCCCCCUGCACAGAGCAAGGCCAGAAAGGAGGAGAGCAGGCUGGCCCCUUCUCUGCUCUUGAGGAGGGUUGCCAACUCUGGAUCUGGCUUCCAGAGGAGCUGGAGAGGAUCGGGUUUCCUUGCAGACCGGGAACAGAUUUAUCCCUUCCAGAUCUUUGCAGAUGAAAGAUCUGCUAAAGGCAUAGGAGCUGGUCAGACUGGAGUUUCUCCUGGUCAUUUGGCAACCCUGCAAAGGCACGGCUUUUUUUUUUCUUUUUCUGGCGAAACGUUGCAGAACAGAACGCUGGAACUUCUUUGUGGAAAUAAAAAGCAAAAAUAACCACUGAACAAUUACUCAAGGAUGAAAAUGGAGAAGUGUGACCUCCAAGGUCAAACAACAGGGGAAGGAUCAGAGACGGCAAGAAAAAUCCCUCACGUUUUCCAGCCUGAAAGCAUCAGAGAAUUCCUGGAAAGGACACCGGGAGAUCCAAUGCACCUACAAAUUGGAGAGGGAACCCUUUCCCUUCAGCACUGGGAAGCCCAGUGGCAGGAGUUCCUCAGGACAGUAGAAAACCCACACUGUGGAUGGGGAAUCCCGCACAUACCAGCUAAACCUUCCCCCUGGGAAGAUGCCAAGGCUUUCCUGGCCUCCUUUGAGCAAGUGGCCGAAGCCUGUCAGUGGCCCCAGGAAGAGUGGGUGACCCGACUCCUGCCAGCCCUCAGUGGAGAAGCCGAGAAGAUCUUUAAAGGGAUCGGUGUCAGAGACAGAGAGGAUUAUGGGAAGGUGAAGGCAGCCAUCUUGAGAGGUGAAGCCCUGAGCCGGGAGAAGCAGCGUGAAGAGUUCAGGCAUUUCUGCUACCAAGAGGACGAGGGUCCCCGAGGAGCUUAUAGCCGACUCAGAGAAAUGUGCCGUGGGUGGCUGAGAGUGGAUCAUCACAGCAAGGAGCAGAUCCUGGAGCUCUUGAUCCUGGAACAACUGCUGAGCAUCCUGCCUCUGGAGAUCCAGAGUCUGGUGAGGGAAAGCAGCCCCGAGAGCUGCUCCCAGGCAGUGGCCCUGGCUGAAGCGUUCCUCUCGAAGCAGGAAAAGCUGGUGCCCUUGGAGGAGGCUUCUGGAAGCAUCUCUCAAGGGGACCAGGAUGUGUGUGUGAGUGAGCAGAGGCAGCUGUGUGUGGAAACCAAGGAGGAGGAAGAGGAUGAUGAAGGUUCCCACCUACUUGGGAAUGCGUACAGUUUUGGAGAACAACAUCCGUUAUCAGAAAAAGCCAAGAAUGAAGAGCUGAACAGCAGCUUCGGGGAUCCAGAUGGACCACAGAGGCAGGAGGGCAGCCAAAUGCUGCAGAGGAGGGAUCUACACAUCCCUUGCCAAGGAAGGGACUUCCGGGCAUUCCCAGUCCAGCACGAAAAGCCAACCCAAAAGAGAAAGAACAGAUUCCUUAAUGGGCACGUGGGAAGCCACAAAGGGGAGAAGAUGAACAGAAACGUCAAGUUAGGGAAGAGCUUUGGGCAGACCCCAAGCAUUUCUAUGUCGCCAGCACCCCACGCAGGGGAGAUGCUGUACAGCUGCUUAGACUGCAGCAAAACUUUUAAGAUCAAGUCCAAUUUCGUGAAACAUCGGGCAAUGCACGCCAAGGUGAAGCCAUAUAGAUGUUCUGAGUGCGGAAAGAGCUUUGGACAGAGCGCAGGCCUGAUUUCACACAAGCGGGUUCACACGGGAGAGAAACCGUACCGGUGCUCAGAGUGCGGGAAAAGGUUCAGUCACAAGCUGAGCCUCGACAUCCACGAGCGAGUCCACAGGGGGGAGAGACCCUAUCAGUGCUCGGAAUGCAGCAAGAGCUUUUGCGACAAAUCGAAUCUGACGAAGCACAAGAGAAUCCACACGGGGGAGAAACCAUACCAGUGCUCGGAGUGCGGGAAGAGCUUCAAUCGGAGCACGGCCCUCACUUCUCAUCAGAGGAUCCACACUCAAGAGAAGCCCUACGAAUGCUCCACGUGCGGAAGGAGUUUCAGUCAGCGCACGACGCUUAUAUCGCACCAGAGAAUUCAUAUGCCGGAAAAUUCCCACACCGGUCUCCCAUUACAAUUAGGUCAUCAGAUUGAGUUCUGGCCUUCUGAGGUGCAGCGGGACGUGUCCUUUGAAGAGGUGGCUGUGUAUUUCAUCCUGCAGAGCCCAGCCCAGAGAGCUCUAUACAAGGAAGUCAUGCUGGAGAAUUUUCGGAAUGUGGCCUCUCCAGGCCCUCUGAUUGUCAAACCUGACCUCAUAGCCUGGCUGGAGGAGAAGGAAGAGCACAGUCUCCAGUCCUCUAAUGACAACGACGAAUUGGCAGGCAGCAGCAGAAAGACACUUCUGAUGCCUUCUCCACCUCCUUAUGGUGAAAGAGAGAGAUCCAUGAUGCAGCCAACACAGGGUCUGCUGUCCUUCGAAGAGGUGGCCGUGUAUUUCACCCCGGGGGAGUGGGCCCUGCUGAGCCUAGCCCAAAAAGCUCUCUACGAGGAAGUCAUGCUGGAAAAUUUUGGGAAUGUGGCCUUUCUUGCUGGAGCGGUGUGGGAGUCAGCAAACGAAAUGAAAGAGCAUGGAGUGACAGAGAAAGAAGAUACAUAUCCAGUUGGAAAAGAAGACAUUGAAUAUUGUAAUGCACAGAGAAAGGAAGAGGGGAAAGACCCACCGAGGAAUACUUCCUCUCUUUUAGAAGCUGAUGUCUCUUUUGAGGUUCCAGAAGUGUACAAAGGAGCCAACAGAAAUGAGUGCACUGGAAAUGAAGAAAGUGUUCCAGAAAAAUCUGUCGUUAAUAUUCAUUGGAAGAACCAUAGCAGAAAGAAAAUAUUUAAAUGCCUGCAAUGUGGAAAAGCCUUUCAGCAGACAGAAAACCUUACUUCCCAAAACAUAAUUGAUACCUCGGAGGAAAAAUGCAAUUGCCCAGAGAGUACAAAAAGGUUCAGUCAGAUUUCACAGCUUACUGUCUAUCAAAGAAGCCACACAGAAGAGAAGCCGUAUAAUUCUUUGGAGUGCGAAAAAAGCAGCCAUCAGAGUAGACAGCUUACGUCCCCUCACACAGUGGAAAAACCAUAUAAAAUCCAGGACUGUGGAAAAAGCAUUAGACCAAGUGGUCACACAAGGAAGAAUAGAUACAAAUGCCUGGUGUGUGGGAAAAGCUUCACUCACAGUACAAGCCUUACACUCCAUCAAAAAAUUCACACAGGAGAGAAACCAUAUAAAUGCCAGCUGUGUGGGAAAAGUUUCAGUUGUUGUAAUUACCUUACUUCUCAUCAAAUAAUUCAUACAGGGGAGAAACCAUAUAAAUGUCUGGAGUGUGGGGAAAGCUUCAGCCGGACUGGAAACCUUAGUUCCCAUAAAAGAAUUCACACUGGGGAGAAACCAUAUAAAUGCCUGGAGUGUGGAAAAAGCUUCGCUCACAGUACAAGCCUUACACUCCACCAAAUAAUCCACACAGGGGAGAAACCAUAUAAAUGUCUGGAGUGUGGGAAAAGCUUCAGCCGGACUGGAAACCUUAGUUCCCAUCAAAGAAUUCACACUGGGGAGAAACCAUAUAAAUGCCUGGAGUGUGGAAAAAGCUUCGCUCACAGUACAAGCCUUACACUCCACCAAAUAAUUCACACAGGGGAGAAACCAUAUAAAUGCCUGGAGUGUGGAAAAAGCUUCAGUCGGCCUGGAAACCUUAGUUCCCAUAGAAGAAUUCACACCGGAGAGAAAAGGUAUAAGUGCCUAGUGUGUGGGAAAAGCUUCACUCACAGUACAAGCCAUACAGUCCAUCAAAGAAUUCACACAGGAGAGAAACCAUAUAAAUGCCAGGAGUGUGGAAAAAGCUUCACUCACAGUGCAAGCCUUACUUUCCAUCAAAGAAUCCAUACAGGGGAGAAGUCAUAUAAAUGUUUGGAGUGUGGAAAAAGUUUUGCUUGGAGGGGAAACCUGACUUCCCAUAAAAUAAUUCACACUGGGGAGAAACCAUAUAAAUGCCAGACAUGUGGGAAAAGCUUUAGUCGCAGUGGCAACCUUACUCUCCAUCAAAGAAUUCACGCAGAGGAUAAGAGAUAUAAAUGUCUGGAGUGUGGAAAAAACUUCACUUACAGUAGAGACCUUCGUUCCCAUGAAAGAAUUCACACAGGUGAGAAACCAUAUAAAUGUCAAAGAUGUGGACGGAGUUUCCGUCAUAGUGGAUACCUGACUAUCCAUCAAAGAAUUCACACAGGGGAGAAACCAUUUAAAUGCCUGGAGUGUGGAAAAAGCUUCAGUAGCAGUAAUUACCUUACUGCCCAUCGAAAAAUUCACACAGGGGAGAAACCAUAUAAAUGCCAGGAGUGUGGACAAAGCUUCAGUCGCAAUGGCAACCUUACUCUCCAUCAGAUAACUCACACAGAGGAGAAGAGAUAUAAAUGCCUGGUUUGUGGGAAAAGCUUCUCUCGGAGUACAACCCUUACACUUCAUCAAAGAAUUCACACGGGAGAGAAACCGUAUAAAUGCCAGAAGUGUGGGGAAAGCUUCAUUUGCAGUGGAAACCUUACUUCCCAUCAAAGAAUUCACACAGGGGAGAAACCAUAUAAAUGUGAAGAAUGUGGACAAUGUUUCCGUCUUAGAGGAGUCCUGGCUGUUCAUCAACGAAUUCACACAGGGGAGAAACCAUAUCAAUGCCAGCAUUGUGGACAAAGCUUUGCUCGCAGUGGAUAUCUUGCCGUUCAUCAAAGAAUUCACACAGGGGAGAAACCAUAUAAAUGCCAGGAAUGUGGGAAAAGCUUCAGUUCCAGCAGCAACUUUACUCUACAUCAAAGAACUCACACAGAAGAGAAGAGAUAUAAAUGCCCUGAGUGUGGGAAAAGCUUCAGAUGGCCUGGAACCCUUAGCUCCCACCAUAAGAUUCACACGGGGGAGAAACCAUAUAAAUGCCAAGAGUGUGGACAAAGUUUCCGUCGUAGUGGAGACCUGACUGUCCAUCUAAGAAUUCACACAGGGGAAAAACCCUAUAAAUGCCUAGAGUGUGGGAAAAGCUUCAGUCGCAGUCAUCAUCUUACUUCCCAUCAAAGAACUCACACAGGGGAGUAUCCAUAUAAAUGCCUGGAGUGUGGGAAAAGCUUCAGUCGCAGUAAUUACCUUAUUUCCCAUCAAAGAAUUCACACUGGGGAAUCCACAUAAAUGCCUGAAAUAGGGGGAAAGCUUCCAUCACAACUUACUUUCCAUCAAAGAACUCAUUCAGGAGAGAAACCAUAAAAAUGCUAAACCAGGGGUGUGUGACCUAAUAUGCAGAGGAGUUCCUGCUACAAAAAAAGCCCUGCUGGUUGCCACUUUGGGAUCAGGAACCAAUUUUCUCCAGGCCAGUUGGCUGGGGAUCCCAGAGGGUUUUGGGGGUUUUUGGUCGUAUUUUAGGCAUGGAGCAAGUGUUGCUGGGUAUGUGUGGUAAUGGAGGUACUUGUGAACUUUCUGCAUUGUGCAAGGGGUUGGACUAGAUGGCCUAUGUGUAUGCCCAUGUAGUGUCCAUAAUCUGUGCAGGUGCAACAGUUCAUCGUGAAGUACAGGGCUGCCUCUAGUCCAGACAGUUCAUUAAUGUAGCAGAUGUAACAGGAAAUGUAUUACUCUGAAGUGACUAGUUUAGCUUCAUAACAUUGCUUUUAGAAGUUAAUGAGCAUUAUGAAGAUUUGUUCCAG